AUGGCUCCCAACAGACUGAUCGAAGACUUGUCUGCUCACCACAAUCUACCUGCCAUGGCCAGUGACGCGGAACCUCCUGACACGCUGGACAUUACGAUGGGCGAGUCGGAUGAGGAGGAUAGUAUCGCUGAGCCCCGUCGUCCACUCAUUUCGGAUCUCCUUGACUCUCCUGGAUCUGCCCAGAUCUCCUUGCCUCUCCACUCUGCUUCUCAGACACCCCUCACGCCCCGCCACACUACCCCGUCCCUGGCAGCUCCAUUUGCGCCAUCCAACUCGCCACAUGAGCAUCUUCACCGCCAUGCCUCGCCAAAGGUACAGGCGUCAUCUGGAUCUGUGGCGCCUGUGGAGGGAAGUCGCGCACUUAUUCCUGACCCUCUGGCGCCAGCUUGGGAUGAAAGUCGUGGCAGUUCGCCAAUCCAUAGGCGUGCACUCAUCUCAGAUUCCACCCCCACUGCGCCCGGUGGAAUGUUCGACUUCGACACUCCUGGCAUCUCGCCAAUCCCUCGACGCGCCCUGUUGGAAGCUACUCCCCUUCCUCCACCAGCUCACACUUUCGACUUUCGCACUCCUGACACCUCCCAACUCCCUCGAUGA